AUGUCGGCACUCAUGCAACAAAAGGAGCUCGCCAUGAGCACCGAUGAGUUGCUCCAAGCUCAGGUGGAGCUCUACCACCACUCUUUCGCCUUCGUCAAAUCACUGGCGCUCAAGGCCGCCACAGACCUAUGCAUCCCGGAUGCCAUCCAGCACCUCGGAGGCGCCGCCACCUUGUCAGACCUCGCCGCCGAAACCGGGAUCCACCCCACGAAGCUCUCCAACCUCCGACGCCUCAUGCGCGUGCUCACCACCUCCGGAGUCUUCUCCGUCACCGGUGAUCAUGCCGGCGCUGUGUACAAGCUCACCCGUGUCUCCCGCCUCCUCGUCGUCGACAGAGCUGGCGGGCGCACCCACCUGUCCCCCGUGGUGUCCGCGUUUGUGAGCCCGUACCCCGUGACCACGCUCUUCAGCAUGCGCGAGUGGUUCACCGACGAGCGGGCGGCGGCCAUGUCGCUGUUCGAGGUGGCGCACGGCUGCACACUGUGGGAGGCUGCGGCAAUGGACGGCACCGCGUUCAACGCUGCCAUGGCCGCCGACAGCCGCUUCACUAUGGAGAACCUCCUCCGGGAGUGCGGCAGUGUGUUCGAAACCGUGAGGGGCUCACUGGUUGACGUCGGUGGCGGCCAUGGCGCCGCUGCUGCGGCCAUCGCGAGAGCGUUCCCACACGUCAAGUGCACCGUGCUGGACCUCCCCCACGUGGUCGCCACGGCUCCUACCGAUGACAAAUUGACCUUCGUUGGCGGUGAUAUGUUUGACAACGUCCCACCAGCUGACGCUGUUCUUCUUAAGUGGGUUUUGCAUGACUGGCAACACGAAGAUUGCGUCAAAAUAUUGCGACGGUGCAAAGAAGCCAUCCCGGCGAGGAACGUGGGAGGAAAGGUGAUAAUCGUGGAUACAGUGAUUGGAUCUGCAGGGUCACAGCAGGGCAUCGCCUCCAAGGAGACUGAGGUUUUGUUCGACGUCUUCAUGAUGGCCGCAGACGGGGUCGAGCGAGAGGAGCACGAAUGGAGCAAGAUUUUCAUUGAAGCCGGAUUCACUGACUACAAGAUUACACCGACGAUGGGGCUUCGUUCAAUCAUUGAACUGUAUCCAUGAUACUAAAGAUCCAUCCUACGAGUCAAGAUUUUAUUUGUGGAAUAUAUUUUACCUUUCUUUUACAAUGAAUGGGAUAUAUGCAUGCAUUCAUGUAUGCAAG